AAAAAUUUGCUAUCUCUCAAGAAUUUUUCGACAACCCAUAGUUUGCGCACCACUGAAUUAGACUUCCGUUCAACAUUAAGUAUGGAACACACGAUUGCAAAAGAUUAUAAUGGAAUGUGCGAAAAUGCAUCCUUCCAAGAGUUCGAUGCACUUCGAGGUCAAGCAUUUCUGUUGACGUGCCCCGAUUAACACGAAAAGUGGGUCACUAGAUUCGGACCUUAAUCUAUUACUCUCCUAUUGAAUUAUUAUUCAAACUAAAUUCAAGUAAAUACUGUCCACGAAAGAGGACGACUUUAAACAAUUCAGAAAGAGAGAGAGAGAGAGAGAGAGAGAGAGAGAGAGAGAAAUAAAGGGCGAAGAAAAAUCAAAUCACGAUCAGGCACGAAAAAACGUCUCAAAGACAAUCAGAAUCCCUUCGAAAAUCUACUUUAUAUUCUCCUCGAACUACGAUCCUCGCACUACGUCUACAAUGUUCAAAGCAACGGGGAAGCUAACGACGAGGUGAAAGGAACGGAAAGGGACAGAAGCAAGAGAAACCCUUAUCGACUGUUCGCACAUGACGCUCGCUUUACUCGCGUGCUUUCCUUGCAUGCGAACACUCCCUCUCCAAAAUCAGAAGGGUUCUAGACAAUGGGAAAGACUUCGUAGACAGGCGGAUGAACGUAAGCGGUGGUAUGGUUUGCACGAAGAGAGUUACAUCUACUAUUCACUGCUACUCGAGCAGUCUUUGAACACGUGUCCAUGCUACAACGAACAAUAAGCGUAGCGUGCAGAUCAAUUACUCUUAACAAAUACUUGAUAAAUAUGUUCCACUUUAUUUCUUCUUCGAAUACCAGUGUAUCUCAUAAAAAAAAAAAAAAAAAAAAAAAAAAAAAAAAAAAAAAAAAAUAAAAAAAUAAAAAAAAAAGAAAAGAAAGAAAAUUGCAACCUCUGCUAAAUACUUUUCUAAGCGGAUGUAUGAACUUACCUACAUUCAUAAUGAUUAACGCAAUUAUUUCUUUUCAUGACUCAAGUUCGAAUAUGAUAUUUUUCGUAUUGCAUUUCUCAAACCUCCCUCCUCCCUCCGAUAUGCCAGAUAGCAAAAAAUAAAGAAAAAACGUAUAAUUUGAUGCUACAUCAGCGUCAGCAAACUUGCGAAUAAAUGAGCUGUUGGACUCGCUCGUUUGAUCAGUUUCGUGCGAAAUACCGAACGAUUAUCAAGGAAUCAUGAAGACUCAGUUUGAAAUACUGAUUUCAAUCAUCACGUUACAUUUAACAAUCGCCGACAUUGUCGUUCAACCAGAAUAUACUCGACCAUAUGUACAAUAUCAACCAGUUCAAAGAGAGUUUUUAUUGGCGCCCUAUCAAUAUAGAACAUCGGAAUUUCCUUAUGGACAAUCUAGAUUUAUUCCUAUAUACUUGAACAGACCUCAAGUCAACAAUCCUUUGGUAGGUUCUACUCAAAAUGAUAACAUUUUAUCACGAUACGCAUAUCCAAGAACCUUACAUGCAACAAAAAUAGGAGGUCAUACAAUUGUUCGUCCGUCUUAUUUAAUUGGUCAACACUCGACAACACCUACGGUAGUUCAUCGACGAUUUAAAAAAUCUAUCGAAAACCAAAUUACACGGGAUUCUAGGAAAACCGGGGAAAGCGGUGCUGUUCAAUCGGACUCGUCCCUAAACAGACAAACUAUGUCGAACUUCGUUGAAUCUCAAAGUCCAAAUGUUAAAGAAAUUAAAGAUAAGACAAACCAGGCAAAGCAAUCUGAUCAAGAAUCAACUAAUUCAGGGACCUUAUUUAAUCUAAAUCCAGAAAAAAUAAUUUCUGACCAUCAAACCUCUCUUAACGUUCAAGAAAAUCAUAAUCCGGCAAAUUCUCAGGAAUCAAUAAACAAUUCGAAUUUACCAAGUAUAGAAGACAUCGUAACUGAUUACGUACCACCGAAAUCAGAAAAUGUCAUGGAUAAUCCGAAUUUACGAAAUUUUCCUGAUCCUAGACCUAUUAAAAUAGUAUCAAGUACAAAGUCAAAAUCAACGCAAUUCAAUGUUCAAAAUGAAGAAAUGAAAUACAAUGAAGGAAGUGAUCCUAUUAUCGGCUCGGCUCAAAUGAAGAACUCUAAUCCAUUAAUAAAGGACCACUUUCAACAAAACUAUCCUACAAGGUCAUCGAUCAGUAAUUACUAUCAAUCUCCACUAUACAGCAAUUUAUUUAUUCCUCCUGUUGAAUAUCAACCUGGCGUUUAUAUGGUAUCUAAUAAUAUGGAUGGUUGUAACAAUCAACCAUUGAAUGUCGGUCAACAAUCCUGGACUCAGCAGCAGAUCUAUCAAGAUGAUAUUAAUCAGGCAACAGGUACAUUAUCAAGUAAUGGAUAUCAAAAUCAAUAUAAUUAUUUAACAAAUUAUGCAUUAAGAUAUCCAAAUGUACCUUAUUAUUAUGCAUUAUCGGCAUAUCCAAAUACUUACGUACAAUUCUAUUGAAAUAGUAAAAGUAGAACGAAGUUAAUUAUUUUAUUUUAUUUUUUUAUAUGUAUUCAUUUCGCGUAAUUAAAUUCACCAAGAGCUCCCAUCGAAAUCCGUCCAUUCGGUAGUUAGUAACUAUUUUUACUUGUGACACGGUAUUAUCAUUAAAAAUUACCAUAAUUAGUUCUAUA